UUCCCCUCUCUCCGCAGCCCUAUUAUCUCUCCCUUCAACAACAAGAGAGUUUUUCUCUCAAGAAUUCAUGUCGGAGCGGGGACGACCAUUGCCGAAAUUCGGUGAAUGGGAUGUCAACGAUCCUGCAUCGGCCGAGGGAUUUACCGUGAUCUUCAACAAGGCGAGGGACGAGAAGAAAACAGGCGGCAAACCCGAGUUAGUGGAAAAGGCUGACCCUUAUGGUAAACCUGAAGCCAAAUCCGACAAACCCCAGACCAAAAAAUGGCUUUGUUGCGUUCGCGACCCGAAUUCCGAAUCGUGAUGAACUUGUCCCGAUUGUAAGACCUUCUGGUAUCUACUGGGCAUGGAUGAGAUAUUUUUCUGGGAUUUAAUUCUUGAGUGUAAAAUUUUAUUGUGGUGAGGGAUAUAAGAGCAAAGAAGACAAAAGCAUGCAUUACUACUAUAUAAAUCUUCUUGUUAUACAGGUAAUUGGUGUGUUUUUCA